UAUCUUGCAAUAUGACGACAGGAAUUCGUGUUGUUAACGCGCUAGAGGUUGGGACAGAUAUAGGUAAUUGUUUUAUAGAGCUUUGCAUCGGAGAUAUUACAGCUUUGCCGAAACAGGACGAAGUUGAUGUUCUUGUUUUAUCGGCGUUUCCAGGUGAUUACAGUCCUACACCAAGUUCUCUGAUUGGACAGUUGUUGUUAAGAUUGGGGAUAAGUGUAAAACAACUGGCCAAAGACAAAGAAGAAGAUUUAAGAAAGCUCUAUUCUUGUUGGUGGUCCAAACCUUUACCAGAUCAUCUCAGUUUUAGAAAAAUACUGUGUUUUGAAGGGGGGCGUAACAUCUCCAGAAGUGUCGGUCAAGUCGUUGAGACAAAGUCCAAUGCUGUGUACGUAAAAAUGCAGUUACCCACACCCAACCUCAAUUAUAGCCUUGCCCUCCCCCCACUGAUGACUGAUCGACAUAAGAAAAAUCUCGAGUUUUUGACACAAUGUCAUGGAUGUGUUAAUUCCAACUCUCUUUUUCAGCGUAAGUCCAAGACAAAGAUGCUCAAGCUUCUCGUGGAUGCUGCUGUACAUUGGAUGAAAGCCGGCUUACCUUUGCGUUCUUUGAAAAUUGUCAUAUUUUCCAGGAAUAUUGACAACAUAAGCAAAGGUGAUCAGCCACUUUUUGACUUAUUUAAAGAAUUGAAAUCCAAUCAUGAACAAGAAGAAGAACAAGACGAGGAGCAAGACCAGAUUGAGUCUGAAGGAUACGACAUUUAUUUGUCCUACAGUGAAGAAGACGUGAAAUGUGUUGACGAAGUAGUUGAUGUUCUACUUAAGAAUAGAAGCAAUAUCCGGGUUUAUACGACCAUUCAAAAGCUUGAUCUGGAAACGUCCUGGCAAAACCAACUGUACGACAUCAUUAAAAAGUGCAAACGUGUCAUGGCUCUUAUUACUCCGUCGUUUCUCGAAUCAACGCGCUGUACAGAGCAAUACAAUAUUGCAUUAUGUCACAGCCGUAAAAUGCAAGAGAGUGUCCUAAUGCCGCUGUAUAUUACUGAUGUGCCAUAUAUGCCAACCUACAUGAGAAUCACACAGUAUAUUGACUGCAGGAUUAGUUUUCAAGAGAAAUUGAAUGCUGCCUGUAUCACUGUUAUCGGUAGUCUUAAAUGCGAAACGAUUGAAGUCGCAACAAAAGAAAACACACCCAAGCCUGCGAAACAAAACUACGAUAUUUUCUUAUCCUACUCCCACUGUAAUUCAGACCGUGCGAUGCAGAUUAUGAAAGAGUUACAACAUCAGAGACCUGAUCUUAAUAUAUUUAUCGACACAGCUGAGUUAAAGGCUGGUGGAGCGUGGCAGCUUACCUUGUACACUGCUCUGAACUGUUCACGUUUCGUGAUUGCCCUGAUUUCAAAUGACUAUCUUCAUUCUAAAGUCUGCAAUGAAGAAAUUUGUCUAUCUAUUGCACUUCAACUUCAAGACAAGUGCAAAAUCUGGCCGAUCGUGAUUGAACCGCUUGAAGCAAACAUUGAUUGGUUGAAUAUGUUGUCACCUGUAAAUUGUUAUGACGAUAAUGGAGAGGGAAAGAAUAAUUCCAUGUCUUUUUUAUGUAAUCAUUUUCUUUUGAAUGUGUUUGAAGGUUGUGCAGGAAACUCCAUUUUAUCUGAAAAUAUCCAUUUACAAACAUGUUUAGAAGAAUCUCGAUCGUUCUUUUUUGAAGAAGAUUUUAUUUCUUUGGUUGUUGAUGCACCCAGUGAAGUUGUUAGAAAGAAAGGAGACGGCACCUCGACGUUUUUACCAAAAGAUCAAAGUUGCAAUGUGGACAUUUACAUUAUCUGUUCUUCAGAAGAUAUUGAUUCCUGUUCCCUGCUAAAAAAUAUCAUUACGUCGCAAAAUGGAUCGCAAUUUACUGUGAAGGUCUCGACAGACGAAAAUGCUUCCACUAGGUUAACGUAUUUAGACAAAGCUUGGUUAAUCAUUCCCUUGUUGUCUAACAGUUUCAUGCAAUGCCCCGAAUUGGUUCAUGAACUGAAUAUCGCCUGGUGUCGUCAAAGAGAUUGUUUAAGCUUGUGUUUUCUGGCAAUUGUUAUAGAACAGUUACCAAAUAAUCCAACUUAUGUCAGUCUGUUUCCUUGUUUUUUCAACUGCGAAGAUGGCCGCUGGGUCAAAGAUGGUGAAACACUCAAGCUAUUUCCUUCAGAUGAACUAACUCGUGUUUAUAAAAGCUGUCAAUGCCCUAUUAAUGUUGUACUUUGCUUCAUGACUGUAGUAGAUCAUAUACAGCAGUGGCAUAAUGGUAGCCAUUGCCUUGUGCUUGGCACACACAACAAAUUAUUUAAUUGUCUUCAUUUAAAUGCAUGCAUUCAACAACAUAAAGAAAUGUUAUCAAAGUGUGAUGAAGAAGCACGGGAAAAAGAAGUUGUUUCUAGUACUUGUUCAACGAAAGGAAACGAUAAGAUAACUGAUGAGACGGCUCGUGCUGCUGAUGAUGAUAGUUUGAAGCCAUCUGCACCAAAUGAAUGUCAAAACCAAGAUUCGCUUAUUUCUAGUAUUUCUAGUUCUAGAAGUACGACUGCAGAGAAAGAUGAAGUACCAACUGAACAAGGCAAUGGCGUAGUUCGUGCUGAUAAUGAUGAUAGCUGCUUAAGGCCAUCUGGAGCAAUUGAAAGUCAAAACCACGAUUUGGUUUUACCACAAGAAAUAAAACAUCCUGACAAACCAAGCUCAGAUGUGAAAGUGAUCGAGUCGCAGCAGAUGUCCAAUAUUGAAAAUAUUGACAACCAUAGUGCUGACGAUUUGGGUAAAGAAACAUCAGUUAAGAGCAGGCAUGAAAAGAGACUGCUUAGAAAGAAUGAUCCUUCUUUUUCGUGUAUAGUAAUUUGAUAAUUUCGGUCAGUUGUGAACUUAAAUUUGACGGACGCAAUUUGAAGAUGAUUGGGUAGGAAAUUGAAGGAGCGAAGAGGGAUUGUGUAAGUAGGAAUUAUCAGCACUAUUCUGAGACUGACUUCCUUUUUAGUAACAGUAUAAUACUAUUAAUAGUAAACACGCAAUUAUGCAUAAUUGCUUUUUCCAAAUCGGGAACGUUUCAUCAAAAAACUCAUUGACAUUACAGAGCUGAUUUAGGUAUACUCAAGUGAGGCCAUCCGAUAAACAUUGCGAAAUCGGAGGUAAAUAAAGUCUCGCAAUGCAAACUUUUGGCUUCAUUCGCGGGUGACUCGCGAGAUUACUGCAGAUGCAGAGCAAAUUUGAAAGCAAUUUAAUUUUUCGAGUAAUUUUUUGUUUGUUUCAU